GGUUUGGCUUGGUCCUGUGUGCACACUGUCCCUGACAGUGAGGGAGAGCCCCUCGAGCACCUGUAGAGCUGUCUCUGCGCAGCGCACCUCGAUGGGUCCAGAGCAGGAACUUCCCCGCGCGUGACGCGGGAGGUGGGGCGUGGCCCCGCCCGACGCCGCAUUCCGCAGGUUCCCGACGCCCGUGAGCGCUGAGCUAUUAAAGCGAGAUCAAUAGAGGAAUGGACCAGACCUGUUUAACCAGCACGGCGGGCCGGGUUCCUCCUCCGCACUGCUGGCUGACUGUGGGGCGGUGCGUGUGUGUGUGUGUGUGUGUGUGUGUGUGGUGCCGCCGCCGCUGCCUUCUCAUCGCCGGGGUGAGUGUGGAUGUGCGUGCGUGCCGGGAGCCGGCUGCUCGUCCCCAUGCCUCCGUCCGCCCCGAACGGGCCCCGUGGCCCCCACCGGCGCCGCGGGGCCGGCGGUACCGCCGCGGAGAGACGGAGACGCAGACGGACAGACGGACGAGGCCCAAAAGGACAGACGGGCGGACGCGGGGACUCCGGGACAGAUCAGCGGUGUGGCAGGGGGGUGCAGGCCCCCUCCUGCGGGUGGCACGCUGUAGUGCUGGCAGGGGAAGUGUGGGCUGUGUGCCAGGAGGAGGCGCCGUUGCACCCCUCGCUGUACCUGUGGCAGGUGUGGAGCCGGUCCCUGCUGGCGGGGGUCCUGUGGCUGGGCCUGGCUCUGUGCCUCCUCUUCCUGAGGGCCGUGGUCCGGCGCUGGUCUCCACAGCAGGGGGCGCCCUUCCUGCAGGCUCAGGAGGUCAUGAGAGAGAGGGCAGCUGUUCCGCUGGACAGCUCACCCAGUGGGAGAAGUCCGAAUGGACCCGUCCCAUUGGCCGAGGCUUUGAUGGACAGCUUGCUGCUGUUCCUGCUCUCUGAGGCCCUGGACGACCCCUGUCCUGCCCACAUUCGGGCUCAUGCUCACAGGCUUGAGAUGGUGAUGCAGACCCUGGACAGGGCAGAUGUCCUGGGAGGCGGCUCAAAAAGGGGGCCGAGAGGGAGUGAGGAGCACCCGCUGCUGACCGACACCCUGCUGGGCGUCCGCACCUUCCUGCAACAGAGGGUUCUCUGGCUGCGUGCCCUGGCGCAGGCCCAGGGGGAUUAUGGGUACAGCAUGCAGGGUGCUAAAGAGGGGCUGGAGCAGCGCUGGGCCCUGCUGGGUCAGCUGCACAGCCAGGUCACCCUGAGGAAGAGGAAGAGGAGCGAGGCAGAGGAGCAGGUCCUUCUCGCCGUGAAGAAGGAGAGAGAAGGGGAGGACAUCAAGGUGGCACUGCGAAACGUAGAGUGUUUCUUCGUGGACCUGGCUGAGUGCAAAAACAGGCUACAGCAGAGCCAUGCUCACCUGAGUGACAUCACACACCUGCUGCAGGACCUGGGGGCCAGUUUGCGGGCGCUGGGGGAGGGGGGAGACAUGGAGGUGAAGAGAGGAGGUGUGGAGGCGGAGCUUCUGUGGACCGAACGCCUGCUCCAGGCCAGCACCCAGCAGUUUGACGAGGCGAUUCAGGACUUCCUGUCUCUGGAGAAGCUCACUUCCUGUUUCCAGACCCACCUGGAGGGUCUGCGGGCGGACCAGGUGGGGAACGGGGAACCCCGCUCACAUCCCAAACUCUCCUCCUCCUCCUCCUCGGCCCGCACCCCUGCCCCUCCCGUCCGCCCCCCCGGCACCCUCCCUCGACCCCACUGCCCUCCCCCCGCACCCCCCAAACCGCUACCCACCACCACGUCCCGCUCCCUGUGUGAGAGGUCAGCUGAGCGGCUCUCCUCCACCUUUACCUGGCUGCGCAGUUCUCUCAGGAAGGUGUGA